UCGCGGAGGGACUCGCUGUGCGCCUCAGUGGGCUCGCGCACACCGGAGCAGCAGCAGAGCUCAGCGGCCGCAGCGCAGCGAGGAGACCGUGACCGUAGAUCCGCGGACCGCCGCCGCUCCCUCCCGUAACACAGAGCCCGCGCAGAGGCGUCACCGUGCGACAUUACCGGCACCAGUAGCCCGCCAUGGAGGACCAGCUGCUGUGCUGCGAGGUGGACUCCAUCAGGAGAGCCUACAUGGACGUCAACCUGCUCAACGACCGAGUUCUCCACACCAUGCUGAAGGCCGAGGAACACUACCUGCCGUCGCCAAACUACUUGAAGUGUGUCCAGAAAGAAAUUGUGCCCAAAAUGAGGAAAAUAGUCGCUACCUGGAUGUUAGAGGUCUGCGAGGAACAAAAGUGCGAGGAGGAGGUUUUUCCGCUGGCUAUGAACUAUUUGGACAGAUUUUUAUCGGUGGAGGCCACCAGGAAAACACGACUACAGCUGCUGGGAGCCACAUGCAUGUUUCUGGCGUCCAAGAUGAAGGAAACCGUGCCCCUAACGGCGGAGAAACUCUGCAUCUACACGGACAACUCGGUCCAGCCCGGAGAGCUGCUGCAAAUGGAGCUGCUGGUUCUCAACAAGCUGAAAUGGGACCUGGCUUCAGUCACGCCUCACGACUUCAUCGAGCACUUCCUGUCCAAGCUGAAGAUCUACCCGUCCACCAAGCAGACCCUCAGGAAACACGCCCAGACCUUCGUGGCUCUUUGUGCUACAGACGUCAACUUCAUCGCCAGUCCUCCCUCCAUGGUGGCGGCGGGCAGCGUGGUGGCAGCGGUUCAGGGUCUCUACUUGAAGAGCCAGGACGCCUCCCUGUCCUCCCAGAACCUCACCAACUUCCUGUCGCAGGUCAUCCGCAGCGACCCGGACUGCUUGCGCUCCUGUCAGGAGCAGAUCGAGUCUCUGCUGGAGUCCAGCCUGAUAGUGGGUGCGGGAGCUCAGCAGCGCCGCCGAGAGCAAGCACGUGGACGAGGACGUGGACUCUGUUUCUGCACGCUCACAGAUGUCUGAGACAUCAAUCAUCUGAAAUGAGUGAGCGCCUGCGCCGCUGACCCUGAUGAUUCGAGGGAAAGGGGGGGGGGGGGGG